GGGAUUUAUAAUAAUAAAUAAAUAAGUGAUGAGAAAAUCUAGUGUAAUCUUACUCAAAAUAUUUCAUAAUUACCCAAUAAUUGACAUGCAAUUGCAAUAUGGUAUUGUCAUGUGUGGCCACUGGCGCCAUAUAUGCUCCAUAUUUUCCACUAUCAUCAAAUAUUUCAACCCAGUUUUGAACAUACAUCAACACAACUAGAAAGCUUACACCACUCUGGCUCUCUCUUUGUCUUCUUUCUCUCCCUUGAAGUGGAGUAUUCACCUGAAACUGAUGUUACUAAAGAAUAGAUUAACUUUUGUCUACUGAGAAAAAAAAAAGUGUUUGAUUUGCAGCCGCGUGCUUCACUUUCACGUGCUACAUAUAUUGAGAGAUGGGAUCCAUAGAAGAAAAGUUAGGCUUUGAAGUUGAAGAGCAUAUCCCACUCAGUUCAUCCGAGUCCAUGAAUAAAGUGCAGGCUUUGAAUUGUGAAACACCGCGUUUCUUGCAAUUUUCCGGUUUAAGUGGAGUUAGCAUUUUGAGGAGUAUAUACACUGUUUUGAUUCAACCCAAGAUCAAUGCUCUGCUACCCUUUGGUCCCCUGGCAAUAUUGCUGCACCAUUUUACCAGUAAACAAGGAUGGGUCUUCUUUUUCAGCUUAGUUGGUAUAACUCCUUUAGCUGAGCGACUUGGUUAUGCAACCGAGCAACUUGCAUUUUAUACCGGACCAACAGUUGGGGGCCUUCUAAAUGCUACAUUUGGCAAUGCUACUGAGAUGAUAAUUUCUAUGUAUGCAUUGAAGAGUGGGAUGCUGAGGGUUGUUAAGCAAUCUUUGUUGGGCUCUAUCUUGUCGAACAUGCUUCUGGUCCUUGGAUGCUCCUUCUUCUGUGGUGGGAUUGUUCAUCAAAAACUCCAAAAGUUCAAUAAGGCCACGGCCCUCGUGAACUCAGGGUUGUUACUGAUGGCUGUUAUGGGUUUACUGUUCCCCGCGUUGCUGCACUUCACACAUACAGAAAUACACCAGGGCAAGUCGGAGAUUGCUCUUUCACGGUUUAGCAGCUGUGUAAUGCUGGUUGCUUAUGGAUGCUAUAUUUUCUUUCAGCUCAAGAGUCAAAGUAAUCUAUAUACUUCUCUUGGUGAGGAAGCGGAGAAUGAUGAGGAAGAUGAUGCCCCAGAGAUUUCAUAUUGUGAAUCAAUAGUGUGGCUAGCUGUUUUGACUUUGUGGAUAUCUGUUUUAUCUGGAUAUCUUGUUGAUACAAUACAGGGUGCAUCUGAUUCCAUGAAUAUACCCAUCGUAUUUAUUAGCGUUGUUUUGCUUCCGAUUGUGGGGAAUGCUACCGAACAUGCUAGUGCUAUCAUGUUUGCCAUGAAGGACAAACUUGAUAUUACCAUUGGAGUUGCAAUUGGAUCAUCUACUCAGAUAUCUAUGUUUGUGAUCCCAUUCUGUGUAAUAUUCGGUUGGAUCUUGGGAAAGCCUAUGGAUUUGAAUUUUCAAGUGUUUGAAACUGCUACACUGUUUAUGACAGUGUUGGUAGUAGCAUUUAUGCUUCAGGAAGGCCAAUCAAACUAUUUUAAAGGGUUGAUGCUUAUUCUGUGUUAUGUCAUUGUUGCUGCUAGUUUCUUUGUGCAUGUUGAUGUUGAUGUUGCUGAUGCAUCAAAUGGUGAUGGUUGAACAUCCUCAGCAAGCCUCAGCAGCUAUGUUAAUAGUAUGUCAUUGUGGUUGAAGAUGAUUCUUGAAUUUGGGGCAAUGAAAUUGAGUCAGCAUUGUAUGAUAUAAAUUCUUGCUUAUUGCAAGGUAGGUGCUUCUCAAAAAUCUGCAUUUGUGAAUAUUGGUAUUUAAGAUGCUGCCAAAAUGCUGCUAUUAUUAUCACGAGGAUUAUUCAAAUAAAUGAUGUCAUGCUUUUGGCCGGAAACCCUUGUACACUAACAUUAUUUCACUUUUAUUCCCUAAUAUUAAAAUGCUCUAGUUGCAUCUA